AUGAAGUUCAGCGCUCUUGGCUAUCUCCUUCUCCUUCUUCUCAGUGGCAGUAAUGCGGCAGUUGCACUCGAGAUUGGCGAUCAACUAUGCAUUCAAGGAUUCAUUAUGGAUUAUUUCUGUAUUCAAAACGUGAACAUGAUUGACAAUGGCCUCGUAACUCUUGAAGAGCCCGAUCGCCAUACCGUUCACUGUCUUGUGGAUGUUGGGAUCUGUCUUGACAGCGCUUUUGAAGUGUUGGUCGAGUCGCCCAAUCAAGCAUCAUCGACGUCAGCAUAUACCCGAGGAUACCGUUUGGAUGACGGCUCGAAAACGGACAUGAUCAGUCUCGCUCGACGUGUCGGAAGUUGCAGUACUUGUGUAAAUGGGUAUGACAAUAGCAUGUUGAACAGAGGAUUCAAGGCUGUCAUGAAGGUCACAGUUUUGGAUUUGAAUCCCGACGACUCUCAGAGUGCACCACCGUUGAUUCGAGUGGACGAGCGAAAGGAUUCUAGUAGUCUGGGAAAUGAUCCCUGUCAAUCUGAGUAUGGCAUGAUGGAGGGUGUACCAACUGGGACUUCAGUCAAUGCCACCCCAGUGCCAUCACCCACUAUGAAUCCCAACUCCACUUCACCUCGAGGUGAAGAAAAAGAAGAGGAAUUGGCUGAUUCCGGCAAUGGAAUACAUCUUUUCUCGGUGGCUACUAUCGUUGCUUUCAGCUCACUGUAUGCGUCAAUGAUCCUUUGA